GAUCGAGGCCACAUGUCAAUAGGAAAAGAAGAAAAUAACCUAUGAAAUUAAGUGUCAAGUGUCAUGUUUUAAAUAAUUUUAUUCACAUAAUUUAUUUAAUAAUUCCUGAUUCCGGGGCAAGAAUCAUCCAGUAACAACACACAAAUCGGAUAGAAUUUUCUGGAUUUCAUUGAGGCUCUUCCCUCUAGUCUCCGGCACCGUGCGAUGUAUCAAAAAGCCAACGAUCACCGAAAGAACGCAGCAAAUCACCAGAUUCACAUGCACACCGAACGCUUCGGAGAUCAAAGGAAAAGCGAACAACGUCACAAAUAUAAUGGCAUUCGAAAGGAUAAGCGCCGUAGAGAAACCCACUGCCCUCAAUUCGUUCGAAAACAACUCGCAGGCCAAAGCAAACGGUAGCCAUUUGACGCGCUCUAUCCACAUCGAAUCGAGGCUCUUCAGAUAGAAAUACACCGACAGAACGGCUAGGCAACCUACACAACAACCCAUCGAAGCGAACAACAACGGUUUCCUGCCCAAUCGUUCGACGAACAACGAAGCCACUACAACAAACACGAUUUGUACAACACCAGCCAACACCCCGAUCGCGUUACCAGUCAAGUAAGCACCGGCCUCGUCGAAUAUCGGCCCCAUAAAAGCCCCCAACACGAAUAUACCGGAGAACGUUUGCGUCAUUAACAGCUCCAUCGUGUAGCCGAAGCUCCUGAUCGAAGCUCUCGUUUUGAACACGUCCAGUAUACACUUUUUACUAUCGCUUUGUCGGACAUUUCUCUUCAUCUGUAAGUACUCUUCCUCCACGUUUUUAGUGCCUCUUAGGCGUUGCAACGCUUUUAAACACUCGCUGUCUUUUUUAGAUGUUAACAAGUACAUCGGAGUCUCCGGCAGGAAGAUCGAUAACACCAGAAACAUCGCAGGAGUUAUCGUACCGACGAUACAAAUGGUUCUUACGCUCGCGCUACCAGAAAGAUACACUAAAAUCGCUCCAAAUGGUACCGACGCCCCCAUCAGGCAGUUGAUUCUACCCCUGUUAUUGUUAUCUGUUAUUUCCGUGUUGUACACCGAUACGACAGCCAUCAGACAGCUGGUGCAGAAUCCGUUUACGAACAAGCUGAUGUAGUAGAGGUAAAUUUCACGGGCGAACGCUAGGGAUAGCAUGGAUAGUACCACGACGGUGCUGAUUGUCACUAGGGUGCUCUUUCUGCCUAGGUUGUCUGUCAAUAGAGGGGUGAAGUAGAGGCCGAGGCAGCCCGCUACGGACGGCAGGGCGGCCAACGUGGAGAUUUCGACGGUCGUUAGAGGGUUUCCCAGGGGAUUCACUCGGUCGUCGGCGGAUUGAAGCUUCGGUAUGGUGGAAGAUGGCCAGGAUACGGAGAAGCCGAACGACACCGCUAGAAGAUUGGCUGUGGAAGUAGAUGUCAAAAGAAUCUUCAAGUGCCAAGUUGGGACCUUCUCCAACGAUAAGUACGGAAAUUGUGACCGGUUCAGGGGACAAGAAAGCCACCGUGUACGAAGUGAUUUACUAAUGGACUAUAUUAAAAAUCCGGUAAAAUCGUAUGUGGGAAAAACCGCGUUAUAUUUGUAUAUGUUACGGAUAAAGCUAGAUAUACUGACCCAUAGAUAAUACCCUAAAUGAACGUUUCUACUACUGCUCUUUAUCAUAACACAUUGUAAAUUGUCUAUGAGUAUAUUGUUGUGAGAUACAUUUAUUUUAGCCUGUUGUAUUCUAUUUAGAAAAUAAAUUUUUAC